AUGAAGAAAAUUGUUCAUAACAAAGACAUUUUUACAAACUUUACUGAAGCUACAAGUCAACAACAACCUGCUUCAACUCCAUGGACUCAGGAAAAAGAAGAAUUUCUUUUAGAACCUUAUAAUUACUUGUUAGCUCAUCCUGGUAAAGAAAUUAGAAGCAAAUUGAUCGAUGCCUUUGAUCAUUGGCUUAAAGUUCCUAAAGAUAAAUUGACAAUUAUAAGCAAGGUUGUCGAAAUGUUACAUACCGCCAGUUUAUUGAUUGAUGAUGUAGAAGACGAUUCAAAGUUACGCCGGGGUGUUCCAGUUGCACACUCUAUUUAUGGGAUACCUGCCACAAUUAAUUGCGCGAAUUAUGUAUAUUUUCUUGGAUUAAACGAACUAACAAAGCUCAAUGAUGUAAAUAUGUUUAAUAUUUAUACAGAGGAAUUGUUAAGGCUUCAUCGUGGGCAAGGUCUGGAACUCUAUUGGAGAGAUAAUUUGAUUUGUCCUUCUGAAAAAGAGUUCAUCGAAAUGGUUUCAAACAAAACUGGUGGUUUACUACGUUUGGGCGUAAAAUUAAUGCAAGCGGCGAGUGAAUCUAAAAUCGAUUAUGUUCCACUUGUUAAUCUGAUUGGAAUUCAUUUCCAAAUACGUGAUGAUUACAUGAACUUACAAUCGGAUAAGUAUGCAGAUAAUAAAGGUUUUUGUGAAGAUUUAACGGAAGGAAAAUUCUCUUUUCCAAUCAUACAUUCCAUUCAUAAUGAUCUCAAUAAUAAUAGAAAACUAAUAAAUAUUUUAAAACAACAUACGACUUCUAUUGAAUUAAAGCAAUUUGCAGUGAAAAUUAUGGAAAAAUCCGGUUCUUUUGAUUAUACUAAAAAUUAUUUAUCCAAAACAGAAAAGAAAUCUAGAGAUGAGAUACAAAGGUUAGGCGGAAAUCCGAUGUUGGAACAGCUUAUGGACUUUUUGAGUACUCGAGAAUUAUAA